AUCAGGCAGAUUGGUCAUAAUUCCCUUGUCCAGUGAAGUCUGUGGGUGUGUGUGUGUGUAUGAGAGAGAGAGUGCAUGCUAUUUGCUCCUCUCAGCAGUGGGGAGCCCUGAUUUGUAGCUGUAAUAUCGACAGGCAAGGCCUCGAAAUGAGGUCUUUCCUUCAGGGAGCCUUCCUGGCCUUUCCGUGCCUGCACACCAAUGAUCAUACACACAAAAACACAGAAACUACGCCUGAAUACUGAACACCUUUUCUGGUUCAACCAGUGAAUACCAAAAUAAUCCUCCUGUGUAGUGUGGGAAUACAAUCUGGACAUGUCUGGAUUUGGAUUGAUCUGGAAGCAAACUCUUGAACUUGCCAGGCUUUGUUUGGCGUAACAGGGUUAGUGAAUGGAGGAUAUCGGUAACAAGAGGAGGAAUAGUCUGUAAUAGCGGUGUCCUGUAAAAUCAUCUGGACAAAAACACAGCUGUGGAAGAGCGAUGCUUGUUUUGUACAAAGAAAACUGUUGUAUCUGUGUAUCGGUUGUCAUUCUGAUCCCAGAUCUAUUGAUUUGAAAUGAUAUCUGUUGUAAGGUGACAAUGUGACUCGCAUACAGACACAUAUACUGUUAGUACAUGGUGCCAGUCACAAUCAAAUAUUUUCCAAAAUGUUGGAAUUAUUGAUUGAAUUUUGGAUCCACGGUUAAUAUUGAAGCUGGCUGCGGUUAAAUGUGUUAUGAGAUCAUCUGUUAUUCACUACUCAGUGCAGUUUCCGUCAUUGAAAAUCUGCCAACAUCUACCCGUGAGAACCUCGGAGAAACAUACCAAAAAAUAUAUACACACUCCUGAUGAAAAUUUAAGACCAGUUGAAAAAUGGCAGUAAUUUACAUGUUGCACUGUUGGAUCUUAAGAAGGUUCUAAGUACAGCUUCAAAAUGCAAAGAGAAAAAUGGGAGUUCUCAGGGCAUUGAAUCGAUCACAACUGGACUGUUCAGGUUGUCUUAGAAGACGUUUCGCCUUUCAUCCGAGCAGCCUUCAUCAGUUCAUGCUCAAAGACGAGGUGGAACACACACCAGUCAGAGGAGAUACAGCAGGACAGCUCGAGUCUGAGAACUUUCCCAUUUCACACUCCCAUUUCUAUAAGAAAUGUGUAAUUUAUUGCAAACAACCGUUAAACUGAAAUAGGCUGUUCAUGAGCUGAUCAAAAGUUCAAAAAAACCCCAAACCUCCCAAAAAUAGAAAGAAAUAAAAUGUUCAAAAAAGGACAGACUAAUGAGUCGCCGCGCCAUUCUUGUUAAUCACCUCAAAAGUUGGUUUGGCCAUAUUUGAUGCCACGGCAAUGUUUCCAGGAGGCUGGUGGGAAUGUUGCUCCAGGUGGUGAAGAUGGCUUCACGGAGGGCAUCUACUGUCCGGAACUGAUGUCCAUUUUGGUAAACGUCCCUCGCCAUCCAUCCCCAAAUGUUGGGGGAACUUGGAUUGGUUGUUCCUUGGUUAUUCCUUUUGAAAAUGUCUUUUUUCAGGCGGGCAUUGUGAACUGCAGCGUUGUCCUGUUGAAAAAGCCAGUCAUUACCACACAGAUGAGGGCCUUCAGUCAUGAGGGAUGCCCCCUGCAACGUCUCCACAUAGCCAUCUGCCGUUUGACACCCCUGCACAACCAGAAGCUCCAUUGUUCCAUUGAAGGAGCAGACGAUGUCCAGAGCUGAUUGGUCCUUCCUGGAGCACCUACUGGAGGAGGGUCAGGAGUAUUCAACAGGCAUCGGCCGCAUCUGGCUAACCGUUCUCUUCCUGUUUCGCAUGCUAGUCCUCGGCGCAGCGGCCGAGUCCGCUUGGGACGACGAGCAAGCAGACUUCAUCUGCAACACGCGACAACCCGGCUGCAUGGCCGUCUGCUACGACAAAGCCUUCCCCAUCUCGCACUUCCGCUACUUUGUUCUUCAGGUCAUCUUCGUCUCCACGCCGACCAUCUUCUACUUUGGAUACGUGGCUAUAAGGUCUGCCAAGGAAAAAGAAGCGGGAAAGGACGAUAAGCAGGCAGAGGACGUUGUAAAACAUAAGAACAAAGAUGGGGAUGCGAGGAAAGUAAGCAUAGCUGAGAGGAAUCCACCAGAAGCUCCAAAACUGAAAGGUAAGCUGUUGUGUGCCUACACAUUCAGCAUCUUCUUGAAGGUUCUCCUCGAGGUUGGCUUCAUAGUGGGGCUGUGGUUCCUUUAUGACGGCUUCCUCGUUGAAGCAAAAUUCGAGUGCGUGGGCUUCCCCUGCCCUCACACGGUGGACUGCUUCGUCUCCCGCCCUACAGAGAAGACCAUCUUCACCAUCUACACUCAGGCCAUCGCCGCCAUCUCCUUGCUCCUCAACCUCAUCGAACUCUUCCACCUGCUCCAGCUUGCCAUUUCUCACCGCUUGGAGAAACGCUACCAAGGAGAGGUGUAUCUACCACGAAUGGAUCAGGCGACGGCUGCGGCCAAACAGGAGGCGCCGGUGCUCCGAGAAGAAGCUCCAGAAUCCUACAGUGGGAGUCUACCAGUGCCGAGCGAGGCUACAGGCUACACCACCAACCCUUGUGAGAGCUUUGGAGAUCUGGCCAUAACAGUCAACUGGGCGCCCACAGAGGCUGGGAGUGACGUGCUUCCUAGCUACAGGAACUGCAUAGAGGCUAUCAGGACAUCACAUUCAUCCAGGAACCACUAUGGACGGAACAGCAAGAACCACCACAAGGUGCCUUCAAAGCAGAAGCACUACGUCUAACCCAGGCUUGCAGACUUUCCACACUGGAUUAAAAGAUGAGCCAAAUGGGAGGUGUACUGUAAUUAAGCAGAAAUACUCAACAAGAGUCGUACUGUGAACCCAUUGCCUCCGAGGGUCCAAAGACACCAGAUAACGGACCUUUUCAAGACUUCAAUACCCCCGAGGCUGAUACAUGCGUAUCAUGAGAUACUUGUGUGUACAUCAAAUAAGCUUGAAUGGGUUUGGUUAUGAGAGCAGUAAAUAAAUAUAGUCACUUGAGGUCCACACUAUCACCCCCCCACCACUCCCCCCCACAAAGUGGAAUGUUCUGGUCUCAGCUCAGCUCCCAUGAGGAUAAUGGCUGUGUGGAUGCAUGCACGCAUGCACUGUAUGCUUCCCCUUUCACCCAGUCACCGGCCUUAAAGGGGACAGCAGAAACGUGGGAGUCCUGGGGGGGUUUUGAGGGCUUAUUCGUCCAAUACAAACUAUAGUGCUGAAGCAAGAGGCGGAGAGGACCACUGUGUAGCAUCCGGUUGGCCAAAAGCUUGAAAGGGUUUAGUGACUGCAAACUCGAUGGACUAAAAGUGGUACAAAAUAAAUGAAAUGUGUGUGAAAUACGUAUUUAUGUCAAAGGCAUUUGUGUUAUUUAUUAUGCUGAGGAAAAUAAAGUGAUACAUCACAUGGUCUGUCUAAAUGCAGAUUUAGGUGGGAAUUAGUGGACGGUGCCCCCACAGCUGUGGUGUUCUGUCAGUUAAAAAGCUCUAAACAUACUUCUUUUUCCUGGCUCUGCCACACAUCCCUUGAGGAGGUCUGAUUAACGCAGUCUUCACGCCCAGAAAUGGAUGCAAAGCAAAGACUCAGCACCUUUUAACGAAAGUGCUCGCCCAGGCUGUAAAGCGUAAACGACUGCAGGGCGUAUUACCGCCACUGCUCAUAGUAAUCCUGUGAUUCCCGACCACUGUGUGCCGUGAGCGAGCAUCACAUGUACCACGGGAAAUUAAUGAAUUUCACUCAAUUGGUCCAAAAUGUACUCCAAAUACUGCACGUUUGUUCAUUUAUCUGCAGCAGAAUGCAGAAGGUACAUAAUUCACCCGAUCGUUAUUUCAGUCUGGUUUUUUUUGUGUCAUUUUUGUUUGGUGGGGUGUUGUUUAACGUAAACUGUGUGCCUUGUCUCAGGCAUGCAACCUCUGCAAUGACGCUGCCGCAAGUGGGGAACCUGCGGCACAUGGGAGAGGACCAACAAUAUCAAUAAGGAUUUGUGGCGCCCCCUAUGGGUUGUGCUCAAAAUGCCUUGGAAGACAUGCUAGCAUACGACAUAGCAUACAGAUAUCCUCAACGUUUUAUAACCAUUAGACAAAUGGUCAAUGACUUAUGGGCAAUUAGUUGCUGAGUCCCGCCCCUUUUGGUUGGUGGCGGCCAUGUUUUCAACCGAUGUUGCUCAAAUUGAACACAUUUGCUUGCCAGCCCCCAAAUGUGUGUAUCAAAUUCUAAACCUCCUACAGUUACAGUGGGUGUUUUACAGAGCUGUGUGAGAAGUUUCAAGUCAAUCAGACUUAUGAGGUCACAGGUUGGGGUUUAAUGACAGCGCCACCAUGUGGUUUGGUAUUUGACUGAAAAAUAAUAGCACAAGCAGCACAGGAGGAGGGCGUGUUUUUACGAACGCUCACCCUUUCGCGUGCAUCGGUUCAGGAGUAGAAGCGCUUCCACAAACAAAUACAUGCAGAUACAAAUUGCAUGCUUUGCAGGAGGUGAUUGGUUCCGAUCCAAAUGAGGUUGUGCUGCGUAGCUCUUGUGGUUUUUGGUUUGGCUUUGCAGCAGUUGCGCCGGAACGCGGCGCAAUCAGACAACAAUAGGAAGGCAGUCCUCAAAGAGGAACUUUUAUUGGCAGUUAUUGUCGAGUAAAACAAUCCAAGCAACCUUCCAAAGCCGCCUGGUUCCGGGUCUAUUCAGUAAAAGUUGGCUGGCAUUCCCGCAUUGCUCUGUUAUCUCAGUCCAGGUGGGUGCAGUCUUGUUAUUGUUAACGUGGGUGGUUUCACCAAGCCGGAGAGGGAGGACGGGUGUUGUCAGGGAACAGAUUGCAGGGGUCGACCCGUGUCUGCCAACUACAGCCAUUCAUGUUGUUGGUGAUUGCCUAUUCUUUAUGUUGACUGCUGACUAGCGUGCUUUAUCGGGCCUGUAAACCACAACGCAAAUGUGUCGCUCUAUAGGAGUAUAGGAAGAUGUCAGCGUCCUUUCACUGCAUGUAAUCCUUCGGGAUGGACUUGCCUUUGUGACCGUGUUUCCUGAGAUUGUUGGAGUCAUCACUUGAUGCUUCCCGUCACUGUCGGUGAUGCUGAUAAUACGACAACAUGUCAACUCACUGUUGCAUCACCUGUUGCAUCAUGGGAACGAGGUGGGCGUUAUUGAAAAUUUUGGUAUUGAUCCGACACCAGGUAAAAAAAAAAAAAAAAAGGGGGGGCCAGUAUUGCUGAUACUGAUACGUUUUACUCUGACUUUUUCCAAGUUCAAGAUUUGUUAACCAUGAUUAUAAUCAGAACAUAACAAAGAGAGAUUUUAGGCAGACAAAAAUGUGUCACGCUUAUUUGGGAGCAAUUUAACAAUAUUUGAUGUUUAUACACAAUACAACAAUACAGUCAAACCUCAGUUUUUGUUUGAUUCGGUUUUCAACACACAAAUGUGGGCAAAAUUAUGCCCUUGUCUCUGUUAUCAUAAAAUAUUACUCAUUACAAACUAGUCUGUUUGCCCUGGACUGUAUUAUUCCGCGUAACCGAGUGUCCAAACAAAGUACUGCAAAGUCCAAACAAAGCAACUGCAAAAUAACCCGCCAUGGGGCCAAAGACAAUUGCGGGUGCCAGCACUUUGAUAAAGAAGGUGAGAAACGCGACUUAAUUUAAUAAAAUAACUUGUCGUCCUCCCUCCACACGCCUCGCCGUCUUUGCCAAAAGUCAUCAAAAAAUGUUAGAAUGAUGUUAGAUGUUUGUCCAUUGCAUUCAUCAUGUUUUUAGGUGUUUAAAAUGGAUUCGUUGUAUUUAUUUUAUUAUUAUUUUAUAUUUACUACGAGGAAAACUGCUUUGGUUUUCAUGUUUCUUACCUUUUGGAACAAAUGAACAAUGAAAAUUGAGGCACCACUGCAUACACGUAUGCAUUCGAACAACACAACAACAACAACAAAAACACAGAUACAGUAUAGACGAGAACUACAAAUAUCACACUUGUAUUGAUCCGAUACCACUCUGGUAGCGAUAAUAUCGACAUUUGGAUCCAUCCACACACCUCUAAUGGGGACACAAGAUGGUCUGAGGGGUUUUUAAAAGGUUGAGAACUAAUUCUGGUAACCGGUGUUAAAUGUCUGACCUCCUGUUGCAUAAAUCAUUUUAAUAAGGGUGCAUAAACACGCAAGAAGUUGGGAAUGAACAACAUGAGUGUAAUGAAAACAUUCGCAUGCCAGGCAGCGCUAGCAGAAGUAUGCUGAUAAGCUUUUAUUGGGCAGGAAUGAUGCUGUGUUGGAGCGUGUCUUACAGCAGCACCCCGUCCUCAAUUUGGGCAUUUUCCUUCUCAACAAAACAAAACUUUCCUAAAUUUAGAUUCUGGACAGGAAGUGGCUCUGGAGCCGUUUCCCCUUCCAGUAUUGUUUCUCCCCCAGAGACUGGCGUGCGUGAGGAUUGUUCACCCUGACAAUGGGGGAGGUGGGGGGUGGAACGGGCAUUGUUCCUCGCUGCCCGUCAAAAGCCAGGAGGACAACGAUGCACCGCAAUAAUACAACAACACACUGCAAGGACAUUCAACUCGUGCUCCACGGGCCUCAUCAGACUCACCCAAAAGUUCAGUUUGGGAGCUGCUAACAUUUUUGCAGCAGAUUCUUAAAAAUGCCAAAGCGCUCUUCUCAUAUAGAGGAUCUUUGACUAGCGCUUUUUGCAAUAGGCCCUCAAAUAGGUCUUAUAAAAGAGCUGUGUUGCGUAAACGUACUGCAGUGUGUCUGUUCCAGUGUACCAAUGUACGACUUUGUUACAUUUAUGAUGACUUAUUUCGUGUUUGGUGAGCUGAAUGUUUUCUGAUACGGCAGAAACGUGCACCGACGUUAUAUGCAGAAUAAGAACAAGAAAAGUUGGUAUCAUCACAGAAAAGGCAGAUUUCGGUUGUCAUGUGUGCACUUUGGGUCACACUGACAUUACUGCUGUUGCUUGGACAAGCUCAGACUGACUGACAGCCAACUUUGCUGGCGGAGGCAUGAUGUGUUUAUAUCCAGUCAGCGUUUAGGUGUGUACCUGCAUUUCUGCAUCCUAUGUGAGAGUGUUUAUUCUGGGAUGUGGUGGCCUUCCAGCAGCAGCAUUGUUCCUGCAGCACUAUCCAGACUGUCCGCUCAGGAUGUUGGACUGGACCUCUUUAAAAAGAUCCCUAAAAAAAACAGACCAUCCAGCGUUGCCCAUUAUUCAGCAUCUUCCAGCAGAAACAAUGAAACUCCUCCCAACAUCCCCCUUACACGUUCCCAGGAUGCUUGGUGUUCAGUUCCCACAGUGGUCCAUUGUUACCUGUCCUCUAAUUGUUCCCAGAAGGACACGCUCCUUCUUAACUUCCUCUCCAUGACUCGUCCAGCUUCACCGCCGCCCCCAUGUCUUCUCCUUACAUUUCUUGCCUAGAAGUGAGAGCAGAGAGCAAAGUUGACAAUGCUGGGUCUCAUUUCCCAUACAUGGGCCGCAUGGCUGAGUGGAACAUAUUCAGGCACACUCGGAGGCUAAGAGGACAUGGACCUUCGUUAUUUAACACAGGACCACACUAAAUGAUCACCAUCUCCCGUGAAAGUCCUCAAUAAAUACCCCAUUAAAUAGCAGUUGGCCUGCAUAUUCUCACGAGUUCUUCAGCAAAAUAUUAAUUACAAUUUAGUUUCACCAACUGUAACUGCUUUAAAUAAUAAUGCCUCUGUUCAAUGAACCGCAGCAUCUCAUAGUCGCCGGGUGCGUGUCUACUAAAGCAAAUAACCGCUAGGGUUGUGAAUGAAAACAAAACAUUGCUUUGAACAGUUCCAACAAAUAGCUACAUUUAAAGUACCAUGAGGGGUCAGCAUCCGGCAACUUUAUCUACCUCUGCAUGCGCUUUAAAAUGCUAGUUGUACGAUUCAGCCUGUUACACUUGCCAUACUGCUGUUCACACGCGGUACUAAUGUUUUGCUGCUAACUGCUAU